UUGUUUUGUGCUUUUUAUUUAAAUUUGAAAUAUUGAAGUUAUUAACUAUAGCACUUUAUAACUUAUAGCAGAUUCGAAGGUUUCUGAAUAAGGUGGUUACAGUGGCUUCUAAUAUCAGAAUGCAGAAGAGUCGAAUCACUCACACACAGAAGAGCACCAGUACCAGCAGUGUCGGGGCAUCGAGCGAACAGCUGUCACGACUGCUGCCAACAAAGGAACUGGUGAACUACUACAGGAGCCGGGUCAUUGAGUUUGAAAAAGAUUAUGAAGAGUUACUGGAUGUAGUCGAAGAGUGCAAGCAGAUGUGUGAUAAGAGCUAUCAGCUAGAGCAAGAGUUGCAGCAGUGUGUUGCAGACUCACUGGAGCUGCGACAAACUGUCAGUGAUCUGCAGGCAUACAUAUUUCAAGAGAGAAGUGAAGUUCUGCGUUUGUGCGCUGAGAAUGAUCACCUUAAACUAAGAGAAGCAGAUGCUCGAAAGAAAAUUGAAUUACUAUUAUCAAUCCAUGAAGAGUAUAACCACAAAGACAUUCCCAUCAUCUUAUCUGACUCCAGCAAUCAUCCCAAAUUGGUUCGGAGAAAGUACAAAUGUGCACAGAAGAAAGUGAAAAAGCAACAAAAUGAUAUAACAGAAGGAAGUAUAAAAGACGUGUUAGUUGAGCAGGCGGGCAGUGAAGUGUCGGACCCCGAGGUCCUGAGGAUGCAAGUCCUGUCUCUCUCGUCGCAGCUGGAGGAGCGAACCAGCUUGUUCCAAGACCAGCUAGAGACUCUCCUGAAAGACAGGGAGCUGACACGGCGCGAGCACAAUAAGGACUUGGAAAGCCUGCGUUUCAAGGUCACUUCACUUACCAAGAGCCUAAAGGAUGCGCAAGACAAGGUUUGUGACCUAGCACACCACUUGGUUGAAGAGAAGGACGAUCGGCGGAAGAAGGAAACUCUUUGGAUAGCAGAGCAGGACAGAGUUUACCCUGCAAAUGAAGCAUCUUCAAAGUGCUCAGAACUUAGUAGUAGGCUGCAGAGAAAUGGAUCAGUGCUAACAGCUAGCUCAAAAGUGGUGAAAACCCUGCAGCAAGACUUGAAAACCUUACGUGACCGACAAAAGGAACAAGACAGGGUUGUCACUGCUUAUCGGGAACACUGCCAUCUUGUGGAGGAUGAGCUUCGCAGAGCCAGGGAACAGUUGAAAACCUGCGAACAAACUUACAAGGAAAAACUGAAGAAAGUUAGCGAUCAGGCAUCAUUUUGGAAAGAAAAAUACAACCGUGUGGAUUGCCAGAGGAGAUUACAGUGUGCUGGUUUUUUUACUGAUAUCAAGAUGAUGCGAGCACGCUUGAAAGUGCUGGAGGAAAAGACUCAGAAAAAGUGAACUACGGACUAAACUACAUAAAGAAGAUUACAGGGAUAGCAUCCCUUAUUUAAGCGACUACAUAGUCGGUUGCGGCCGGAUGGAAGUCUUGCAGUGUCUCGUCGACUCGCCGAUAAUCACAAACGGUCCGCCUGCAGUUGCGACGCGAAGUGUCUCGCGAAGAACCGCGUCUCAUAAUUAAAAGUAAAUGUUCUAUCAAAAUUGGAGGGGGGGGACUGGGAGUCCGGACCGAAAGGUUCCGAAGUUCCCCGAGUGGGCAUCAUAAAAAACUCUGACUUCGAUGUCUCGAAGUUGGUAGCACUGGCCGACUUUAGCGCUACCUGUUGAGGGGUGUCUGAAAUUAAAAAAAAUUGACUCGCCCAAGGCGUCUGCUUAAGAGCGUGCAUCAGAUGGAGUUAAACUUUCUAAUACAGUCAUCCAGGAUUCGGAAGAUUACUACUAUAAUUUUACACGUUUAGCAUUUCUGUUGACGGAUUAAAAGAAUCUAAAUGUUGGUGAACAUUUCAAAUUCAUAACAUUUUGAAAAUAUCAAUUGAAAGUUGCUUUAAAAGCAUACUGUAAUUGCCAUUUUUAGCCAUUUUCAAACGGUGUUGUAGCCAAGAAAUAUAGACAAAUCUCCAUUCUGUUUUAAUAGGCAAAAAUUGUAGUUCCUCGCCAGAAACUUGUCGCUUUGUCCCCCAUUGUCACCGCGAAAAAUUCGAGUAAUCUUCCUAAACCGAAGGCACUGCACGCGUUUAUAGCAUACUGCUGGGCGCGCCGGACUGCCGUGUCUGUGUGAGAAUGGAACAAGAGAUACUCGCGGUUCCUAUCUUGGAAUGCGAAGAAGCGUCAAAGAGGAGACGAAAAAAGAUUGCUUCCUGACCCGGCGUGCCGCGGCGUUGCUGCGUAAGCUCAGAUUACGAGGAAGUAUUACCACCCUAGUAAAUAACCAAAUGAAAGAUUUUUUUUUUGUUGUAAAUUUGUAAAUUUUUUUUCCUAACUCUGCUAAUUUAAUGUGUUUUAAAGGAUAACUAUAUAAGAAAAUAAGCAUAAUUAAGUUGUAAGUAAGUUUAUUCAAAGUUAAUUGCAAUUUUGAAUGCAGUAAUAAGCCGCACGAUGACUGGUUGUUAGACUGUAAGGUAUAACUAAGUGUCUAAAUUUUGGCUGUUAGGGUGUACAGAGAGUUUCAAUCCUCCAAUGAAUACAUACGAAUGUGUUUAGAUGUAGCACCAAGACUUGGUGACCAAAGUACUAAACAGCUAUAUCGUAUUUGUUAGCACUUCGAAAAUUCAAAUUCAUAGAUAGUGUUGAUGAUUUUGGUGGUUGCUACCAGUGUAAAAAAAAAUUAAGUACUUAAUUAAUUAUGUCAAUUACAUCAUAUUUCUGCACGAAUUAAUUAUUUUUAACUGAUUGUUGCUACAAGUUGACGCUUCAUUUUCAACGAAUAUCCAAAAACUUAUUCCACAAAGUAUUUUUUUUGUAAAACCAUUUCGAGAGUUCAACAGUUUAAUGGUAAACAAUCGUUUUACCAUUAUAACUAAAUUUAUGUUAUUUCUUUUAAAGGUCCUCUGAUUCAUAAUGGUUCGUGUCAAAAUAAUUAUAUAGAUUAUCUAAAUUAAUUAUAGGUUAAACCCGACAUUCGUUUUUAUGGAUUUUAUUUUCAAUGUAAUUAAAUUGAUUAUAACUAAAUUUGCUACUUGAUUAUUGGUAUAGAGUUGAUUUAUUCAACCUGUGAAGUUAACUCGCCAAUACAUAUUAAUUUUUUUGAUUGCUUGAAUUAAUACAUUUUGCUUAAAACUUCACACCAUUAAAGUAUUUUAUAGUCUGAAGUUAAUUUGAAACCAACAAUUGAGAAGGUCAUUUGCAAUAAAACCUGUGUUCAGAAAUUAGUUCAAUUGCAAUAAUGUAACUUUUAAGUUCCAGAAAAUAUUUAAAUUUUAACUGGACAAAUAUGUGAACAAUAACUUUUACAUUCAAAUUCUGGAACACAUUAUUCCUUAUUAUUAUUUUUUGUAUUUUGUAGGACUAUAUCAACUCUAAAUGUACACUACUGUAUCUUAUUUAUGUUCACGUUGUUUGUUAUAUUGUGUAUAUGUGAUUGUGUUAAUGUAUCUUGACCAGUGUUCCUUGCCGUGUGUUCUUGUUAGCCUACAUUGGUAAAAAUAAAACCUCUGUAACUUAUGUACUGGUACUUAAUCAUGCAAUUAUGUAAAUUAAAAUUGUUUUCAUAGGAUAAAAUGUCUGUGCUAUACAACAGGAAAACCAAGGACAAUCUCUGUGUUGCUGUAGUUUAUGUAAUUUUUGUUUUUCAUUGUCCUUCUGUUUGUGAUCGUUGUGGAAGUAACUGAGAAAUCGAGGUCGAGGUAGUCCACAGGAAUGACUAUCGCUCGUUACUAACGCACUAAUUACAUAAUGUAUAAAAAUUAUGUGCGUGGGUGCCACGCGUAUUACAAGUGGCAUUUAGUUCCAUACUAAAUGCCAUUUUGUUUACGAAAUGCGAUCUGUGUUGCUAUCAACACUACGUAUUUUUUAUUUGUACUUGUGGCUGAAAUUGGGUAUUACUAAUUUAUAUAUGAGAAACAAAAUUGUUUGUUGAAAACGCAAAAAAUUUGGUUCUUUUUUGAAAGAAGCAAAUACAUCAUUGUUAUUUUAUACAGUAAGACUGUAUUAUGUACGGUGAUUAUAAUUGAUUAAAAUUAUGAUCCAUUUAUACUUAAUCGUAUAAAAUGUAAACAAAGCUAUUACGGAGAUUGAAUAAAGAACUGUUGGCGA